GGUAUAAAAGCUUCGGGCACUUCACAAUUGCAAUUUAGUUUCAUACAAGAAGCCCUCGAUAUCGGCAUGUCUCUGUUUCGUGUGAGUUGUCUGCUGGUCGUUUUGCUGGUCGUCGGUCAUGGUCAGGCGGCACCUGCUCCAGCCCCCGUCAAGGCUGAGGGACGCACUUUUGGCCUCUUGGGCGGCGGAUUCGGUGGGAGUGUUGGACUCAGCGCUGGAGUUGGCCUAGGCGGAGGCCUGUACAGCGGCUUUGGAGGCGGCAGCUACCCAGAUGGCUAUUCUAGUGGCUAUCCAGGAGACUACGGUGGGGGCUACGGUGGGGGCUAUUCUGGCUAUCCCGGAGGAUACGGCGGCGGCUAUUCUGGCGAUGGAUACUCUGGCUUUGGACACAGGCCCCAUCAUCACAAUCAUCACGGCGGAUUCUAUCCCGGCGGCGGGUCAUACUACAACCAGGGUGGAUCCUACGGGGGUCAGUACAGUCAGUCACAGUACUCCAAUGGGUACCAUAACGGGGGCUACGGCGGCGGUGGGGGUUUCUUCGGUUAAACGUAAACCUCUGCUGAGUCUGUGAUCCAUCUGUCUAGUUAAGUGCCUUAUUAUUUGUACGAGUACCUCCGGCAAAGAUUGUAAAAUACACAAAAAAACCGAA